CCUCAGACAUGCAUGCAUAAAAAGGUAAUCAAAGGAUUGGGGAGGGGUAAGAAGCCGUGUCACAAUCCGGAGUCGGACUUACGUCAUUAGGAACAGGGGUCAGCACCAGCUAUUGUUCACUUCUUCGACAACGCGGGGCACGCUGGGCAUCAUUCUUGCCCUGCACAGCUCACUGCACAGCUUACUGAAUCUGAGAAUCCAAUUCAGGACCCCGAACUCUCAAGUUUUGUCCUUUGUACUGAGACACCAAGUCUUGCCGAUGCGAAUCAUGUCCGAGAAUAUCCUCAUCGUCGGUGCUACCAGAGGCUUGGGGUCGUCCCUCAAGACUCUAUAUGCAGGGAGACAAUCCACGAAGACGGUUUUCGCAACGACCCGUGAUUCUACGAAGCCAAAAGACGAGCCUCUCGUCUCAUGGAUCCCGAACAUUGACGUGUCCAAGCCUGAUGUUGGCCAAAGUUUGGUUUCCCAGCUGCCCUCAUCCGCCAAGAUCUCAACUGUCAUCAUCUCCGCGGGCUAUUUUGGGUUCGAGACAUUCGAUGAUCCCGAUUGGGAGAAACAAGUCAAGAUGUAUACCACUUCUGCUAUUGGGCCUGUGUUUCUAGUCCAUCAUCUGGUCAAAGCCGGACUCUUGGAUACCGGUAGCAAGAUAAUUCUGGUCAGUAGCGAGAGUGGAAGCAUUACGUUGCGUCAUGAGAAGGAGGGCGGCGGAAAUUAUGGCCAUCAUGCCAGCAAAGCAGCCCUUAAUAUGGUUGGGAGGCUGCUGAGUUUGGAUCUAAAAGACAAAGAAAUUGCUGUUGGCAUAGUCCAUCCGGGGUUUAUGCGCACAGAAAUGACAAAGGGCGUGGGAUUUGACAAGUAUUGGGAUGCCGGCGGAGCUGUCACCUCAGAUGAGGCAGCAGAAUCGCUCGCUUCCUUCACAGACACGUUUGACAUCAGCAAGACCGGACAAUACUGGGCACCGCGGGGCCCUAGGGACAUUGGGACUGCUGAGCCUGUCCUAGGUAGCAACUUGCCGACACCACUCCAACUGCCCUGGUAGAGGGCUUUUUGGCACGUUGAAGCUGGGGCUGGUACUGUGGCGACCAGAAGGGUUCGGUUCCUCGUUUAAGAGUAGCUUAUUGAUUGGUACAACUGGACAUAUUCUGUGCAGGAUUUCAUCAAUACCAGGCAUCGAUUGUUUGUUGUAGGAUCGGAAAGUACUGU